AUGCCUGGUUUGGUUGCGAUUGUACUUUAUCCGUUGGACAUCGGAGAUGCCUGGUUUGGUUGCGAUUGUACUUGUAUGAAGCCUGGGACUGCUUUCUUCACAUUCUCUGGAUCGGAUCAGUCGUGCGAGAUGAGAUAUAGGGACUUCGUUUGUGGGGGUGGGAGGUGUGAAUUUCUGUACUUUCUGAUCUUCGUCAUGGCAGUGUCGCAGACUCUGAAUCAUGUUGUGAUGGCGAUGGUGUCGAAUCAGUCGUGUGCAGGUGUGUGUUCGUGUGUGUUUCGGGUAAGUGGAGGAAAUGAUGAGACACCUCUUGAAUGA